AAAGUGCCCGGCUGUCGGUUGGAGCGGGGCGGGGGGCCUUCGCCCCCGCCCCCUCGGACUGGACUUCCGCUCACCCGGAAGGCGUGUUCCGGCCUCUCCCACCCCGCUCUGGGCGCCGGUUAAGACCACGGUCCCCGUUGCCGGUACUAUGGAGGCGCCGGUGGAGGCGGAAGUCGAAAAUGAAGACGGCGACAGCAUCUGCGGGGAUUUGUGCUUCAUGGACAAAGGCCUGCGGAGCAUAUCAGAGUUAUCUUUAGAUUCAUCCCUUCAUGCCAUCAAUCUUCAUUGCAAUAACAUCUCAAAAAUCGAAGCCAUUGAUCAUGUUUGGAAUUUACAACACUUAGAUCUGUCAUCUAAUCAAAUAAAUCGAAUUGAAGGGCUAAACACACUGACAAAACUAUGUACUUUAAAUUUGUCCUGCAAUUUGAUCACAAGAAUAGAAGGACUUGAAGCACUAACUAAUCUGACUAGACUGAAUUUAUCUUAUAACCACAUAAAUGAUCUUAGUGGUUUGAUUCCCCUUCAUGGAAUUAAACAUAAACUUAGAUAUAUUGACCUACAUAGUAAUUGUAUAGAUAGUAUUCAUCACUUACUUCAGUGUGUGGUAGGAUUGAACUUCUUGACUAAUCUUAUUUUGGAAAAAAAUGGAGAAGAUAACCCUGUCUGUCAUGUUCCAGGGUACAGAGCAAUUAUGCUCCAGACAUUGCCACAGCUUAAAAUCCUAGACUGCAAGAACAUAUUUGGUGAGCCAGUAAAUUGGUCAGAAAUAAAUUCAUCACGCCUACAGUGCUUAGAAGGUCUUUUGGAUAACUUAGUUUCUUCUGAUUCUCCCCUAAAUAUAAGUGAAGAUGAGAUAAUUGAUAGUAUGCCAGUGGUAACACCACCCAUCGAUGAGAUAGCUCCCUUGGAUCAGUUUGCAUCACCAACAGAUACUGGCUUGACAUCAUUUAUAUCUAUAUGUCCAUCUUCUGAGCCGGAGAAAGUUAAUCAUGAAAACAAUUUUCAUAACGACAUGAAACUUCAGAAAUUAGAUGAUCAAAUUUUACAGCUUCUCACUGAAACUUCUGAUUCUUUAUUAGAUAAUGUUCCUGAGAAAGAUCUCAGACCAAAAAGAGAUACAGAUAUGACUUCUGAAAGUGACUAUGGCAACAGAAAAGAAUGUAAUAGAAGAAUUCCUCGAAGAUCAAAAAUCCCAUAUUAUUCCAAAACUAUUCAGACUAUUAAGCACCACAAUAAAAACAACCCUUUUAUGAGCUGUAAUCGUAAAAUGAAACCACCUUUCUUUAAAGAUUUAUAUGUAAGAUCAUCUUUAGCAAACUGUAAUAUGUUAGAAGAAUCAGAAGAACAGAAGACUGAAAUCAUUAAAGUAGACAACAGUAGCUCAGAAGACACCACUUAUCGGACACUUGUUGAACAACUAGACCAAGAGAGAGAGAAGAGAUGGAAAGCUGAACAAGCUGAAAAGAAACUUAUGGAUUAUAUUGCUGAACUACACAAACAUGCAAAUGAAAAAAAAGAUAUUCAUAGCCUGGCUCUACUCACCACAGAUAGGCUAAGGGAAAUUAUUUUUAAAGAGAGAAAUUCCAAAGUACAACUCGAAGUUAUGGUUCACAAACUUCAAAAUGAAAUUAAAAAACUAACUAUUGAAUUAAUUAAAGCAAGAGAUCAACAAGAGGAUCACAUUAGACACUUAAGAACCCUGGAAAAAGCAUUAGAAAAAAUGGAGAGGCAAAAAGGGCAACAGCAAGCAGCACAGAUGCGACUUAUCCAAGAGGUGGAGCUCAAAGCUGCCGCUGCUGAUACAGAAAUAAACUUACUUAGAACUUCUCUUCAUCAAGAAAAGGAACAAGUACAGCAACUUCAUGAACUUCUUGCAUUGAAAGAACAAGAACACAGGAAAGAACUUGAAACAAGGGAGUUUCUCAGUGAUGCUGAGUUCCAGGAAGCCUUAGCUAAAGAAGUAGCUAAAGAAGAAAGAAAGCAUGAGCAAGAUGUAAAAGAAUACCAAGAAAAAAUUGAUAUAUUAAACCAACGGUAUAUGGAUUUAGAAAAUGAAUUCCGUAUUGCUCUGACUGUUGAAGCCAGAAGAUUUAAAGAUGUUAAAGAUGGUUUUGAAAAUGUUGCAACUGAGUUAGCAAAGAGCAAGCAUGCUCUUGUUUGGGCUCAACGAAAAGAAAAUGAAUCUUCCUCUUUAAUUAAAGAUCUGACCUGUAUGGUGAAGGAGCAAAAAAUAAAACUUGCAGAAGUUUCGAAAUUGAAACAGGAAACAGCAGCAAAUUUACAGAAUCAAAUCAACACCCUUGAAAUCUUGAUUGAAGAUGACAAGCAGAAGAGUAUUCAAAUAGAACUUCUCAAGCAUGAAAAAGUCCAGCUUAUUUCUGAGCUAGCCGCCAAGGAAUCACUAAUUUAUGGUUUGAGGACAGAAAGAAAAGUAUGGGGGCAUGAGCUGGCACAACAGGGAUCAUCUCUAGCCUUAGAUCGUGGGAAAUUAGAGGCACAAAUUGAAAGUUUAUGUAGAGAGAAUGAGUCUCUGAGAAAGGCAAAUGAAUGUGAUAAUGAUGCAUUAAGAAUUAAGUGCAAAAUCAUAGAAGACCAAACUGAAACCAUUGGAAAAUUAAAAACUUGUGUACAAGAAAGAGAAGAACAAAUCAAAAUAUUACAAGAAAAGAUCACUGAAAUACAAAAAUGUACUCAAGAACAACUUGAUGAAAAAUCUUCACAACUAGAUGACAUAAUUGAAAAACUGGAAAGACACAAUGAAAGAAAAGAAAAACUAAAACAACAGUUGAAAGUAAAGGAGUUAGAACUUGAAGAAAUUAGAAAAGCUUACAGUACACUUAAUCAGAAAUGGCAUGAUAAAGGAGAGCUUCUAAGUCAUCUUGAAAUGCAAGUAAAAGAAGUGAAAGAAAAAUUUGAAAACAAGGAAAGGAAACUUAAAGCAGAAAGAGACAAAAGUAUUGAACUACAAAAGGAUGCGGUGGAAAAGCUUCAUAGUAUGGAUGAUGCCUUUAAAAAACAAGUUGAUGCAAUUGUUGAAGCUCAUCACGCUGAAAUAAUACAACUGGCAAGUGAAAAGCAGAAAUACAUUGAUUCUGCAAAUUUAAAGGUUCAUCGAGUUGAAGAAGAAAUGCGUGAACUUCUUCAGGAAACAUGCAAGAACAAAAAAGCAAUGGAAGAAAAAAUUAGGCAACUUGCUUUUGCUCUAACUGAAAUUCAGCAAGAAAUGUGAUGGUUCUGAGAAUGAAUUUAAUUGAAAUGGAACAGCAGACCUAUUGUAAAAAUGAUUAAAUAUUGUAAUAGUAGUAACUGCUAUGACUUUGAAAUGUCUCUUUCUACACAUUUCAUUCUAAUUAUAUUUUAAAAGACUUUUGAUCAAGUAUUUUUUAAUUGUAUAUGUAGGUUUUUAUAAUAAAUUGUUGAUAAUUAUGUGUACUAGAAAAACCUAUCAAAAUAACUAGAGUUACAACACUUUCUUGUUUCUGUGCUAUACAUUGUUUGGUAAUUAACACAUUUGUCUUCAAAUAUGUAAAUGGAAAUUAACAUUAGUAUUUGGACUAUAUGAGGUAAAGUAUUUUCGUCAUUGUUGUUACCUUAUUGUGUUGAUGAAGAACUAAUUAUAUUUAUUGGUCAUCCUUUA